CGCACGCGCACUUCCGGCGCGCAGCGGGCGGCCAUGUUGGAGCGGCGGAGGCGGCGCAGAGGCGCGUCCUGGGUCCCCGCGGCGGCGCCGGUGCUGAGCGCUGGUUUGCAGAUACGCAAGCAGAUCGGCAGCGCCUAAUGCCAUGAGCGUGGUGGUGCAGCAUGUGGAGGAGAAAGCUGUGCACUCAUGGUCGCGCAUAUCCACGGCAGGAAAGAAGGCCCUGGAAGAGGCGCUGCUUGUCUUUAACCCCAUGAGCCGGGAUCUCAGUGCCACAGAGGCCCAGCUCGUGGCCUUCCUGCAGGGCCUGCGAGACGAUGGCUUCCAGCCCACCAUUCUACGCAGUGGUGAUGUCUAUGGCUAUAGUUCAUGCACAGCCAGCCCCCCAAGCCAGACGAAGCUACAGGCUCGUGCCCCCAACCCAGCCACCACAGCACCUCCAGCCAGUACUCCCCAGACUGCUCUGCGGCUGCCUGCAGGCCGGGCCACGCUGCUCCCCAUGUCGCUGUCUGGCAGGCUGGCCAAGGCGUCUGCACCAGCCCUCACCAAGCAUGCUACCACCAACCUGCUGCUGAGCUCCCUGAAACAGUCAAGUGCCAGCCGUGCCAGGGGUGCCACAGUGGGCUUCCCUGCCCACCUCUACCCAGGUGUCUACCCUGCAAUGCGGCUCUCCGUGGUCCUUGAGGCCCUGGUGCCACUCAAGACUCCCAUGCCCUGCUUGGGUACUAAGCACAAGGCACAGUCGCUACAGCUCCCCCUUGCAGACUCACCACUAAAACUGCGGAAAGGUUCAGGGAAGGGUCCUGGGAACCCCCGGCCCAGAGCUCCCAGAAAAUCCACAAGCAAGGGCCCUAAGUGUCUGACUCGCAAAGCAUCAGGGGCCACACCCCAACAAGGCACCAAGUCCUGUGGCAAGACCUACAGAGCCACUGGGUCCCUCAGUGGUCUGCGAGUGAAAGGGGGCUCUGCCUUGGGCACCAAAACAGACCAGGGCAAGUUAGUUCGAACACUGGCCAAAGCCGCCCGGUCCCGAGCCAAGGCUGCUCGAACACGGGCCAAGGUGGCCAAGGCCCGGGCCAAAGCUAAGGCAGCCCAGAUUAAGGCCAGGGCCGUGGCAGCACACGCCAGAGCCAGAGCUAAAGCCAAGGCUAUUCCAAUCCAGCCCAGGGGCAGAGGCAGGCCAAAGGGGUCUGUUAAGGCCAGGACUGCAAGAAAGAGCCAGAAAGUCCACCGUGAAACUGCAGGACAGAAGAGGAAAAGGGCAGAGGAGGCCAAAGACCUUCCCCCCAAGAAGAGAACACGGCGACUUGGGCCACGAUCUCCUAAGGCGUGGCUGGGGCCAGGAGCAGCCAAGCUGCUCAAUCUGCGUGCCAUCAAGGUGGACAGGAUGUCCUCGGACGAGGAGGUGCGGCAGUGGGCACAGCGGGUCCUCCGGGUGAACCUGUCUCCUGUCAUCCGGCUCCAGCCAUUGCUGCCACACUCGGCGCCCUGAUUCCUUCACACAACCAGGUCCCAGCAAAGAGCCCAGCCUGUCAGCAUGGCCAGUGGCACAGUGUGAACUCCACAACCUGGAGAACUCUGGGUACUCUCUCCAGGGCCUCUGGAGCCACUAGCCUCCUUUCAAAAACUGGAGGAAGAGGGGUGGGGUGGGGUGGGCGGAAGGGGUGUUCUCAUGGCGCAAUGCACUGUGACUUGUUCUCCAAGUUUUAUGUCUGCUGUUCCAUCGAUCACGUUUUAUACCUUUCCACUUUCUAGUCUGCUCGCCCACA